AAAGCAUCGAGACUUUUUGAAGCAACAUAAGUUUAUUCUUGAUAAAGACAAUAAUAUUAUCGAAAAAACUAGUAAAGAAUAUUUGCUCGAAUUAUUUUAUCCAGAAGCUAAAUUAGCAAAUAUCAGAUUUAAGAAUAGUUAUCCAUUCGAUUUACGUGAAUAUAAUAUCAAAAUUGUUUAA